UUAAUUCAUAACACCAUGCUAGUUCUUCCCUCUUCUCCUCCGUUUGUUUUGGGAAGUUGGAGAAUCAACGUCGCGAUCAUGUCCGAGACAAGACGUUUCCGUCACAAAUCUCCUCUCUCCAACACCAAUAACGCACCCGCUUCCGUCAAGCCCAGCGCUUCACUGUCCCAACAACUUCACGUCUAUGUCAGAAGAAACAAGAGAGCCAAAGGAAUCACCACUACGUCAAAGCUUCAAGACAAUCAUCAUCAUCUUUUACCCCCAACUCAGACUCACAAAAAGUUAGGUCUUCCUGAAAUUGAAGAUUUUGCUUACAGAGGAGCAAAUGAGUUGACUCAUCGCAGAAAAUCAGAAAUGAGCUCAGAUGUGACUCCAACUGAAAGUGAAGUUGCUUCUUCUACAACACAAAGGAGUGGAUUACCUGCUCACUGGGAAGAGACGCUUGAAGGUAUUCGCAAAAUGAGGUGUUCUGCAGAUGCACCAGUAGACACUAUGGGAUGUGAGAAAGCUGGUUCUACACUACCCCCUAAGGAAAGAAGAUUUGCUGUCCUGGUAUCUUCCCUUUUAUCAAGUCAAACCAAGGAUCAUAUUAAUCACGGAGCAAUCCAACGUCUUCUUCAAAAUGAUCUGCUUACUCCUGAUGCAAUCAACAAUGCUGACGAAGAAACAAUCAAAAAGUUGAUUUACCCAGUUGGAUUUUAUACAAGAAAAGCCACUAAUUUGAAAAAAAUCGCAAAUAUUUGUCUCAUGAAGUAUGGGGGAGACAUACCUAACACAAUUGAGCAACUACUCGUACUUCCGGGCAUAGGUCCUAAGAUGGCUCAUUUGGUUAUGAAUGUUGCAUGGAACAAUGUCCAAGGUAUAUGUGUAGAUACUCAUGUCCAUCGCAUUUGCAAUCGGCUAGGCUGGGUGUCAAAAUUGGGCACGAAACAGAAAACUUCGACACCUGAAGAGACUAGAGUGUCACUGCAGCUGUGGCUUCCAAGGGAAGAAUGGGAUCCAAUAAAUCCUCUAUUGGUAGGAUUUGGACAAACAAUUUGUACACCUCUAAGACCUCGAUGUGGAGAAUGUGGUAUCAGUCACUUGUGUCCAUCGGCGUUCAAGGAGGCCUCAGGUUCAAGCCCAGUAUCAAAGUCCACAAAGUCACGAAAGAGCAAGAAGCUUUAACCAAGGAAAAAACUUUCUUCACUCCACACAUGAAUUCAGAUGUACAUAUCUGAUAAAACUCUAAUUUUGUGCUAUCCAAAACUACAAUUUCAGAAAUAUGUGAGUUCUUCUAGAAGGGAAGGGGUAAAAACGUAGCACCCUUAACAAUUUGGACUUCAUUUGGAUUGGCUUUUUUUUGUUAGCCAUCUUGUGCUAUUCUAACGUGCACUUACAGGCAUGUAUGCUUCUGUGAUUAAUUUGUUUUGGUUAUUAAUUAGGCUAACAUUGUGCACAGCAACACAUCUAAAAAUUAGAUGUGUUUUUUUGUGUGUAGAAAAUGCUUGUUUAAUUUAUGGAGAACACUGAGAUUUUUCUGUUUCA